GGCGCAAUUUUUCGAUGGCGUGUUAGUGUCUUGGCAGAGCUGUUACGUGAAAGGUGUAGUCUUCGUCAUUUUGUCCUUAAACCGUGCAACUGAGCGACUCCAUUGGAUUUAAUAUCAAAAUAUAUUCAAAGUGUUAAAUGUAACUUGGCCAAAUUCAACAUAAAAAGGGAAGUGCAAAAAAGCAAAAACUAAAAAAAAACUAAAAAAAUAUUAUUUUGGUUUCGGUUACAUUUUCACUGCUGCGGUGCGCCCAAAAUUGAAAAAAAAGGAAAUUAAAUGCUAAACCAGGAGGAAUUCGAGCGACACCGGAGAGAACGCAUACAAAUAUUAAAAGGCAUUAGAUUGGAGCAUAUCUAUGUGCAUCUACAUACAAACAAACAUACAUACAUAUGAACAUUUGUACAUACAUAUGUACAUAUGUGCACACAAAAAAGCUAAUGUACAUACAUAUGUAUUAAUACAUAAAAAGCAUAGCAAAGCCGAGUUAAAAAGUUGCACAAAAGUGAAGAACAAAUCGACUGACAUCUUACAAGUAAAAUCAUACAUUGAAACUAAUGCGAAAUUAAAACAUAAAAACUAAGCGAAAACACUAAAAAAAAAUUCAAUUUCAUAAAUAAAAUAAUUAUCGCAUACUCGUUAUUCUUGCAACUAAACUACGAAAAAAUCAAAAUGGGGAAGAAAUGAGUCAAGUAUUGUCUUAAUAAAACUAAAAUGCCAAGUAUCCAUAGGUAGUUGUGGGGCAACAAGAGAAAAUAUCACACCAGAAAGAGGCACAGAGAGAGAGAGAGAAGGAGAGCGUGUUGUACUACACACAUAUACAAUAAGAGAGUGUGCUAUAGAAAUUUACGAAACUAAACCAAACGAUUGGGGAUCGAAAACAAAACAAAAAUCCCAGCUCGUUAAAGUGGAAAAAAGAAGCAGCAGCACCAACAGCCGCAGAACAAAACAAAAGUCAAAUCGUUGAGAAAGGGAAACGGAAAAUACCCCAUACAUUUGUCGGUCUUUCCUUCAUUUACUAAAACAGUGAUAGUGACAGGCACAUCCACAACGGCAACCACAGCGUGAAAGACUUCAGACACAACACACACAUACUACAAACACGCAUACAAAUACACAUACGCAUAUUUGUAUGCCUGUGCCAAGAAAUUGCGCGAAGUUAAUUGUUGGAGUGGUGGACGUGCAUUCGAUUGAAAGAGGAAAUUUACUCGCCUCCUUAAGUGCGAUUUUAUGAUGGAACUACUAUCCGGCAAUUCCUCAACCGUUCAACAACAAAUGGCAACCGGCAAUAAAGUACCGAAUGCGCCCAAAACAAAUGGCAGUGGUACGCCUGCAGAACGUUUGCUAGCUGGCAUUUUCGAUUCGUUUCCUACUUGGGACAUGAAUAGCGGCGCUCGGGGUGCCAAUCCGUCGAUGGAAUCGUCAACUGACUCGCCACCUCAAAAUGAUUUCUUUUUUAAUAACUUUUUCGGAGGGUUAGAGCCAACAACCAACGAUUUCGGCGGUAUUGGCAUGGCUAGACCACCACACAUGAAUCGUGGUCCAAAAAUGUCACCAGAGUCCUCCAAUAAUUCGAGCAUCAGCUGCAGUUGGUGUGACGUGAAUGCUUCGAUUCGUUGCAUUGAGUGUAAUGAGUUUAUGUGCAAUGGCUGUUUGCGUGAUCACCGCAAUAGCCCCCUCUCCUCAAAUCACUCAAUUGUUUCGUUGCCCACACCAAUUGGCACUUCGCCCACCGGCGGCGUUUCUGCUACUACCUUGAGCGCUCCAUCACCCAAUUACGUUUGUGAGUUACACAAUGAAAUGUUGCGCUAUGUUUGUGAUUCUUGCAAAAAGUUAGUUUGCCAAUGUUGCACCCUGCACGAACACAAGGAACAUAACUACGCUUCGAUACAAAGUUUCGUAGAUGAAGCUAAUGAUAAGAUUAAAUCGGCUCUUGAAAGUAGCCGUACUGGCACUAAGUGCAUUAAGAGUAGCAUUGAUAGAGCUUUGGCAUUUAUAAGACUCAUCGAACGUAAUUGUGCCGAAUUGAGUGAAAAUAUACGCAAAGCAUUUAGGCAAUUCUUAAUUGCCAUAGAGGAUCGCGAACGUUUCUUAUUGGAAUUCGUUGAAAAAUUGCGCCAACGCCGUUUAGCUAUACUAAACGAUCAAAUGGCCGGCUUGAAAUCGGCUCUCUCAGGGCUCGCCGAAACCUCCGAUAUGUUGCACAAGAUUUCGGAAAAUACUACACGCAUGGAUCAGAUUGACAUAGCAAUGAAGGUUUCAAAUGGACAACGUCAACUUGAGCAAUUUGCUGCCAUAUACAAGGAUUUGCAGCCGAAACAGGAGGUAUUUGCAUUCCUUACACCAGACUACAACAUCUUGCAGGAGAUACGAAAUCAGGGCGCAGUUGUGCUUGUCGAUGAGCAUAAUAUACCAGUGGUGGGCGGUGGCGCCAUACUCAGCGGUUCAGUUAACGAUCUUGGCGCGGGAGCAGUUAUGCCCAUGCCUAGCGCCAGUUUGCCUGUUGCCGCUGCAGCGAUGCCUACUAACAUACGCCGUCCAUUCAUACGCGAGAACAGUUUCCGUAGCAUUCCUUCACCAUUGUUGCCCGUACGUGGCAGUAGCGCUUGUGGCAUUCAAAGCACAGGCCUGGAAUGGGAAUUGAGCGUUUUGCGUAGCUCACCGAAUUUGCAUUUCGGUGCACCGCGCAGCACGCAGGCCAUACCCGGUUGCACUGAACAUGUGAAGGCGCGCAAUUCCAAUACACCCUCGUUGUCGUUUGCCACAGAGGGUCACGAAGAUGGGCAAGUUAGCCGUCCGUGGGGCUUGUGCGUUGACAAAAUGGGUCAUGUAUUGAUCUCCGAUAGACGUAAUAAUCGCGUACAAGUUUUCAAUCCAGAUGGCACAUUGAAGUUCAAAUUCGGCCGCAAGGGUGUUGGCAAUGGAGAGUUCGAUUUGCCGGCUGGCAUUUGUGUAGAUAUAGACAAUCGCAUCAUCGUCGUUGAUAAGGACAACCAUCGCGUGCAAAUAUUCACUUCGACUGGCAUAUAUUUAUUGAAAUUCGGUAGCUAUGGCAAAGAGUAUGGGCAAUUCCAAUAUCCAUGGGAUGUGGCUGUUAAUUCACGUCGUCAAAUUGUUGUUACCGACUCACGCAAUCAUCGCAUACAGCAAUUCGAUUCGGAGGGCCGCUUUAUACGUCAAAUCGUAUUCGACACGCAUGGACCAAAUAAAGGAAUUGCUUCGCCACGCGGUGUUUGUUAUACACCAACUGGCAAUAUUAUAGUUUCGGACUUCGACAAUCACUGCUUGUAUUUAAUCGAUCCGGAUGUCAAUGAGAUCUUGUCGGCCAAAGGACACGAAGGUUCAGGAUUCCAAGAAUUUAACCGCCCUUCUGGUAUUUGCUGCGACGACGAUGGACGCAUUAUUGUUGCAGAUUCUAAGAAUCAACGCAUCAUUGUUUACAGUCCUAGCCUGGAAUAUCUAUGGAGCAUUGAAAUACGUCCAUCGAUAAACCCUUUAAUGCCGCCCAGUCUUGACGAAAAAGAUCGCACCUGCGAUGUUGCACUAAUGCCCGAUGGUCGAAUUGUGUUCCUAAUCGAAUUAUCGCCAGAUUCCAAAGAAGGCUCCAAUCCUUAUAAAAGAUUUGUACACGUUUUCUAAUUAACUAGUUAAGAGUAUGUAACGCGUAUUUCGUAUUUCGAAUAUUUUCUAUUUUUUUUUUGGACAGCAGUGAAAACGCACGCAAAACUGUUGAAACUGUUUGACUGAAAGUUACGAUCACAUUGCCAUAAACAUGUACGUAUAUUCAUACAUACAGACAUAUAACAUACAUACCUGGUAUGUAUGCAGUAAAAACAAAAACAAAAUAGUAUUAGAAGUAUGUUUAACAUAAUUUUCACUUACCUUCACUGACACGCGCUAUUCAUCCACAAAAAUUCGACCUUAACCCACAAAAAUCGCACUCAAUUCCCAUUUAUUCAUUCAUUCAUUCGUACAUAUACCUGCUUACUACAUUCAAUUACAUACUUAAAUUAUGCAUGUAUUUACAAGUAAUAUGUGUAAUUACCAAAACAAAAAUAUGAACUGUACUAGACUGAUACGGCAUGUCGAGGAGUUCUUCUAAGGAAUUUUUUUCAAAACAAAUACCGUAAAAAAGGACAAAGUCUGCUUUACGGCACGCGUGAAAAUGUCGUACGCUAACUAGUUAAACUAAUAGUUUAGUUUUUUUUUAGAUGUUUAGUUCAACUUAAUAUUUUUUUAAACAUUAAUAAUUUUAGACAUAUUA